UGGAGCAUUGGCAUCCCACUCCUAUGCACCGGCUUGCGGUGAGACUCAAGCCCAGCCAAUGGUCGUCGAGAAUCGGUGGCUUGCCAGCCAUAGUACUGGGAUCUGUGCGGACCAAGAAAUGGAAGCCCUUCCACUCCAUGUACCGGACCAACCGCUUGCGAGAGAUCCGGCAGAAAGAGGCCGAAGCCGCGCAGGCUGCGGCUGCUGAAGAGGCAGACGCCGACGGCGCCAAGACUAUGAGCCGCAAGGCCAACGAAGCCCGCGUGAGCACCACUCCCUUCCAGGCAGCGCGCCUGAUGCGGGUCUUUGAUGUGGUGCCGGAGCCGGACGGCCUGGUCACGUUUUGGACCAGGCUAAACGUCGACCUGUCUCGUGAAAGUGUGCGAGGCACCUGCAACUUGCCUCAUGGCCUGAGCACAAAGCUGAAGGUCUUGGCGUUUUGCCCGGAUGAUCAGAUCGAGGAGAUGCUGGCAGCCGGGGCUGACUUUGCAGGCAUCACAGAACCUCUGAGAAGGAUCGGCCAAGGCUGGAUGGGCUUCGAUCGAUGCCUGGCCACUCCCAGCAUUAUGCCUCAAGUCAUGAAGAUCGCCAAGGUCUUGGGCCCCAGGAAGAUGAUGCCGAAUCCCAAGAGCGGCACCGUGGUGCCCAACCUCCCCGUGGCCAUCAAGGAGGCCAAAGGCGGAGCCCUGUUGGAGUACCGCGCCGAGGGUGAAGGCGAGUUGAAGGCCACCAUUGGGGAUGCCAACUUCACGGAUGCCAAGAUUCUGGAGAAUAUGAAGUUCCUGGUGCAAACGUUGCUGAGAGCGCGGCCCCGUUCUGCGGCACCCAGCGGAGGCUCAGGGCCCACGGAUCCCACCAAGAAGCCCCCGGGCGCGCCGCUGAUUGGAGGGCCCAGUAUCGCUGCUUCUGAAGACAAGGAUCUCUACUUCCGGGAAGCCACCUUGCGCUUGGGAAGUCGUGGGCCGGCGAUCCGCAUUGAUCCGGAGUCAAUGAUGCCGUCCUCGGUUGGAUACUUUCGAUAGCGGCCAGGGAGGCUGUGGAAGUCAGG